ACUAACGACAACACAUAGCGUAGAAGUGUUUAGGUGGGAAACUGGACGUCAGGAGUUUGCUUAGUUAUCAAUAUAGCGUGAGUUGGAUUAAAUAAGACAUUUUGGAUAUUACAUUCUGCAUUGAAGUGUGUACAAGUAACGUCUAUCAGUCGUCUACACGGAAUAGACAGGUUAUUUUUAUUUAAAGUAUACACUUAUAUUUAUUCAAGAAGGAACAAAGAAGAGUAGAUCUGAUGAGGUGACAUAUCUAGUUUCAUUUGGAAUCAGUUUGAAGUAACAUGUCCUCUGAUUCAGAGGGUUAUGAUCAUCGUUUACCGCCACGUAGAGCUUCCCGUCGUCUUCCCACACCUCCUUCUUCACCCCGUAGUCAAGGUCUCUCAGAUUCAGCUCUCACUCGGGAUAGUGUGACUGCACUUACAACUACUCUUUACGACACAAACCGUAAUUUACGAGAAGUAGAUCGAAUGUUAGGUCAAUAUCGUGAUGCCUCAGACUCGCAGAGUUCUGCAAUUAAUCGGCUGAGAGAGAACCUAGCACGUUCCAGUGAUAAACUAAAGGAAGAGAGGUUGAAAAGAAGUUUACUAAGAGAUAGUAGACCCCUUAGAUCUAGCGAUCUGGACGAAGACAUUCCUAGUAGACGAUAUAGGCCUACAUCCCCAUUAAGGGAUUAUGGGGAGAGUGGAGAAUAUUCUCGGAGAAGACGAAGAAGAAAAGCAUCAGUGAGAUUUGAAGGUGAACCAGAAGAACAGCUCCACGAUAUUCACCAAAGCGUGCGUGAUAUUAGCAGUGAUCAGGUUCGAUUAGCCGAAGAUCUUGAGAGGGAGGUAGAAAGGCGGACAAAUUUGGAUUACGAGCACAGGCGUGCAAUAUCCCAGUUAUCAGACAGUAUGAGACAAGUCGGUAGUAGAGCUGCUGAUGAAUCGGUUUCUAAUAGAGUUGAGAGAAGACUGAAAGAGAUAGAAGAUGAGAUUCGAUUACAGAGAACAUUAAAACAACCACCAAUGGACUCAAUUGGUAUGGUACCAGCUGAUCUCCGACAGGCUAUGCGUUCACAGUCCAUAGAAGAAGACAGACAAUUGAGAGAGAGAAUGAUUAAAUCUGAAAUUGAAAAGCAGCAUUUACUUUCUGAUUAUGAAACUACUAAAAGAAAACUUGACCAGUCUGAAGGCAGCAGGAAUGCCCUCAAGCAAAAGAUUGAAGAAUUAGAAGACCAACUGUCAAGGUCAGGUCACGACCGAUCUGAGUUAAAAGAUAAAUUGUCUGAAUAUGCCAGUGUAUUGGAAGAGGAAGGCUUGCCAUUUAGUAGGCAAGCAAGAAGAGAACGCAAGUUUCAUGAUGAAAGACAAAAACAAGAAGAACAAAAACAACAGUUGGAAAGGGAGAUACAUAAUUUGAAAUCUCAGUUGACAAAAUCCAGUGGAAUCAGAGAACUAGAAGAAGUUAAACAAGACUUUGUGAAAAGUGAAAGACAGCGAGCACAAUUAUCUGACCAUAUGGAGGCAUUAAAUCAAGAACUAACAUCUAAAGAGAAAUAUCAAGCCAAACUCAUCAAUCAAUUGAAGGAUGUAACUGACAAAUACAAUGACACUGACCAACAAAAACAGUUAGCAAUGUCACAGUUAGAGGAGACUCAGAAAAGGUUACGAGAGACCAAUCGGGAAGCUGAUUUACUCGCAGAUAAACUGAGAGAUACACAGAGAUUUCUGGAAGAUGCUGAGAGAAAAAAAGAUGAAAUGAAAGUCAAGGCUCAGGAAACUGUCAGACAGUGGAAACAAAGAUGCAAAAAGCUAGAAAAAGAAGUAGACAGGCAUAAACACAGCUCUCAACAGUUGAUGAGUAGGAAUGAACAGCUUGCCAGAGAAAACGAAACUGGCAAAACACACUCCUUUACCAACAUACACAGAUUAGAAAGUCUUCAGAGAGAAUUAAAUGAAGCACUGGCAAUCAGAGCCCAACAAGAUGAGCAGUUAAGAAUAAAAGAUAUUGAAUUAAAUGAAACGAAGUCUUUUAAAAUGGAUCUUGACAAAGAACUCAGGGAUACCCGUGCUUUCAUGGACAAGUUGGAUAAUGAAUUACAGACUCAGAUAGCGAGACAAGCUGCGCUGAAAGAAGAGAAAAUGCGAGUGGAGGAAGAAUUGAUAACUGUCAAAAGUUCUUUCCAACAAGCUCAAGAUCAACUACAAAAUCACCGGGAUGAAGUGAGAGAAUUGAGUUCUGAGAAGACUGAGUUAUCAACACGACUGGCUGAAGAAUCAUCACGACGACAGGAUGUGCAGUGUAGACUGGAAGAAUCCCGUCAACAAGAGAGUGCCGCCAGAGAAGAAAUCGCUAAACUCAUCAAUGACAUGAAGCGGGAACAAGAGUCUCACAGCCAUUCUGUAUCAGAUUUAAGGCGAGAGGUACAAGAAAUGAAAGCGCGAGAAGAUCAAACUAUUCAAGAGAUUGCUCGUAACAUGAAACGAGAGAAGGCUGAAAUGGAGGCAGAAAUCCACACAAUGAAGCUGAGCAAAGCAGAUGAUAAAUCCACCAUUAAACAACUAAGAAGGCAGGCUGAAAAGAUGAAAUUGGAACUAGAGAAAGUUUGUGAAGAUCUGGCACAUUCACAGGAUGAAUUCAUGAGAGUUAAAAAGAAAUAUGAACGACUAAAACUAGGAUUAGAGGAAAAAACACAGCAUGCCGAAGAAGGUGAUAAUAGAGUUGCUGAGCUAGAAAGAGAUUUACAACAGACCCACAAUGAGUUAGAACAACUUCAGAUUGAGUAUGAAAACAUGCUGCAUAGUGUUGGCUCAGAAAUAGAUCUCCUAGCAUGGAUGUCAUCCAAAGAAAAAUUCCAAAUCCUGUCACCUCCUACCAAGGGCAUCUAUACAGACACACAAAAAUGGCUUGCUGAUAAAAAGAUGAAACUACAAUGGAUGCAAGAGGAGGCUAGACAAAGACAAGAAAGUGAGAAGUCUUUGAAACAUGAAUUAAAUCGUAGUAGGACUGACGUUCAUGAGGCAGUGUCAGCCGGAAUGAAAGACAGACAUUAUUACGAAUCAGAAUUACAAAGACAAGGAGAAAUAUUAGAUGAGGUUGCUAUGCAGAAACAAGUUCUGGAAGUCAAUAAUAAAGAAAAAAGCGAGAAAGUGUAUGCACUGGAAGACCAAAUUGCAGAACUCACAAGACAAAUUGAAACUAGAGCAAAGGCAUUGGAGAGAAGUCUGGAUUCAAUUCCGGAGAGUGAUACAAGUGUGUUACCUGAAAUACAUAAAGAUUUCAAACAGUUGAAGGAACUACAGUUGGAAAGAGAGAAGAUUAAUGAAAGAUACAACAAGUACAAACAGACUAUCGGUGUUCUUCAACAACACUUGCAAGAUGCUAAGAAAUCUGCUGAGGAACAGAAGCAAAGAAGACUUGAUGCCUCUUUGAAAGCUACUAGACUCAAAAGUCUGAGCCCUUCACCGAGUCCAACUUACAAGAGACGUGUACAUAUCAGUAAUACACCACCUACUGUAAUGCGAUCUACCCCUAAUUUACACAUGCCUUCCCAUAGUUCACCAACGUCACCUCGAUCUAGAUACCAGUCUCAACAGUUGUCUCCACCAAAGUUAGACAUGUCACCGAUGGGAUGGUCUUUCAGCAAAACUAGAACUACUAUCCAUGGUGACAACAUAUCAAGAGAUCCAUUGUCACUCUCUGAUUCUGAAUUCAGAGAAAGAUUUCUGCCACCAAUGCCAAGUUUUUCUAUGGAGCCAGAGAGAGAAAUAAUGGCAUAAAUGAAAGGAUCAGAGAAGAAUGAUUGUGUCCAAAGUAUUUAUUUUGUUUUGACUUGGUCAGCUUGUGAUGUAUGUUAUUACCUACACUGUUACAAUGGAAUUACAACUGAGCAUGUAAUAGUGUGUCCGAUUCUGAAAACACAUACAAUAAAUACUGUCUAUGUGUUUUCUUGUUCACUGCUAUAUCUCAUCUUAGGUGGCAGUGAAUUAUAUUGACAUGCACUUCUUAGGAAUUGCUGUGCAAGGUGUCAGUCAUACUUGAUGCACAUAUAAAAAGCUACGCAGCUUUCUCCCUGUGUGUGCAUUACAAGCAUUCCUACUAGUCCUACUAUGACAGUACUGUCUUAUUCAUGUCUGUCUUAUGACAGUUUACUUCUUAUUCAUUAGCAAAGAAAUCCAGCUUAAAACUGUGUAAAUACUUUAUUGGUUAUACUUGUACUUAGUAGCAUGGGUUUGAAAUUCUGCACUGGUGAGACUGGUAAAUAUCAUUUUCAGGGGGCUGGAACAUAAUGUCUGUGCAAACUACUGGUACAUAUUUCUGCAAUUGUAUCUGAAAUAUUAAAUUACUUAAAUGUACUUUAUUCAUAUUACUGUCAGUAAAUAUUUUUCUGAAAUUUCUGCGAUUCCUGCAUCAGAUGCUACUUAAAUUUACUUUUCAGUUCAGAUUUUGUGGUUAUAUAAUUUGACUGCAUGUUAUAGUAGCAUGCGCUGGUAAAGCAAUUGAUUGUACCCCCCUCUCCUUCUGUCCCGCCCCCCAAUGAGAUUUGUAAUUUUUUUAGAUUACUUUGAU